CUCAUGUGUCAGAAUGAAAUGUACUGUAAUCUCUGAAUGCAGAACUGCCAGGUAAUGGAUGCAAAAGAUAAUGGUGCUUGCGGUUUCUUUGUAUCUUUCUUCCCACCCCACUGCUCCGGCAAACAAUGUCCACAGAACACAGCAACUCCUAAGAAGAUGAAGCAGCUGAAUUCAGCAAACCUGCUUCGCUUGACUGUGCUGCUCCUCAAUUAUCUCUGGAAAGCUUCCUCUCUCAACGUCCGGACGUGUGAAGGCUACCCCGGGCAGGGAGAUGUGUAUCAUUCAGGAUUUUACUGCCCGCGUUUAAGCGACUCUCAUGAACAUAUGUACUGCUGCUGGCCAGGAAACAAUUCACUGAAAUACUGCUGCAAACACGAUGAGUUUGAAACUGUAAUGAAAGUCAAUUUGUCUGAGAAACUUGCUACUUACAUUUAUAGGAGCCCACUUCCUCUGCUUGGCAUUGGCUUCUACGGACUUCUUAUUCUUUCACUGAUGAUUGUAGAUUUCGUCUAUUACUACAGACUCAAUAAGAAGGCUUUCUACAGCAUGCUAAGUCACACUUGGCUUGGGGGGCACCUCAUCCUUCCUAUUUUCCAUAGAAACACAAAUAAAGGCAUUCAGCAGAGGAACAAAUGUGUAUCAGAUAGAAUGACGGCGGAUGGCAGACAAGAUGAGCACAAACCUUUAGAUGGCAGAGUGUGAAGAUUCUGCGGAGGUGGAAGAACAAUACAGAGCUGAUAAAUAUUAAGACUGUACAAUCUAGACAAAAGUAAUAUUUAUACGCAUUGACAAAACGACAAUCAUGACUUGGUAAGAAGAAAGUAAUUAUUCAUUCUUGCUGAUCCAGAAGAUAUGUAAAAAAGAGCUUUCAGAGUAUGCAUUCUAAUGGAGGUUGUGUUAACU